CCCAUGUCCUUGUUGUCGAAUGUUGGGCUGGAUGCGGAGCGGCCCCGGAAGACUGCCGCUGCUGCGUGUGCGGGGGUUUUCGACCGAGGCUGUGUAUGCAGAGCAGCUACAACUCAAGCAGAUCAAAAGAGUUCUACGACCACCAUGCACGCGAUCGCACCUACUUUUACCACGUCGACCUCCAAGGGCAAUUGUUUCUGGAGGACACGAUGCCCAAGACGAUCGCGACGUCGCUAAAGAGCCACUCGUUCCUUCGCUUCUUCUUUGGCCAGCUCCGACCAAACCCGAAUGCCGGCAAGAUGUCGUCCCUGUUCCAUGACUAUUCGUACACUUCUCCAUGUGGAUCCGAGAUGAACUACAUCAAGGCUGCAGACACCCCGUUUGUCUUUUCGGAGCUCAAGGCGGACGAUAAGGGGGACUGGACUCUCGUCACGAACGCUGGCCAAGCAGUGCGGUUCGAUCCAUCGCACUUGGCCAUGUCGACGGCAACUCAUCGGCUGUACCACUGGCUCCAGACCAAGCACGUGUCGCUGUUUGCGCUACUUCGGUCCCAAGUCGCCGUGGAAGUCAGCCAGACAAUUGACUUUCGCGAAAAUGGCCACCACGUUGUCCAGUGGAAGGGCGGCCAGGUCCCCCUGACACUCGACACAAGUCGGCCUCCUUUGACAGCACAACACUUGAAAAUUCUCGAUUAAACUGACUCAAACCUGUGGCAGCACAUGCAACCAUCAUGGUGUGCUGCUGACGUGGACGAGGCUGUCGACAAUUCGAAAUGCUUCAAAGAACUUGU